GCUUAGUGUUCUCGAUAAUUUAAACUUUGCGUUGCCAUUAUAACAUUUGUGGCUCUCUACUGCCUUCUAAUGUCAUACCGGGAUCUUCGUAACUUCACAGAGAUGAUGAGAGGACUUGGCUAUCCUCGACUCAUAUCUGUGGAAAACUUCAGGCAACCAAACUUUGAACUGGUGGCUGAGAUUCUUCUCUGGCUUAUACAGAGGUAUGAGCCAGAUGCUCACAUCCCAAAGGACAUCGACACAGAGCAGGAUCGCGUCAUCUUUAUCAAAUCCUCUGCUCAAUUCAUCGCAACCAAGAUUCACAUUAAGUUGAACACCAAAAGAUUAUACAUGGCUGAUGGAUAUUCUGUCAAGGAAUUAUUAAAAGUUGCUUCUGUUCUCCACUCAGCCAUGAAAGCAAUUGAUCAUUCCUCUGCUGGGGACUCACAAAGCAGUCACAGUCUUACCACGUUUGAUAUUGCUUCGAAAAUCAACGAGUUGAAAGCUGUUCGUCAACUUGCAUCGGAAGUCACACAACGAGGAGCCACGUUGUAUCAUCUUUUAUCACAGGAACCUGAACUUAGAGAUGCACGGAUGUCGGCUCUUGCCCACCCACUAGAUAUCAACACUAUUGAGAAGGGGCUAAGGUCAAGCAUAAUGAAAGUUGAGCAAAACACAAAAUCCACACUUCAGAAACUUGACAACGUGGCAGCAGAUGAAGCAAACCUUGAAGCCAAGAUUGAAAAGAGAAAAUCGGAAUUGGAUCGUUCCAAAAAGCGUCUCUCCACUUUACAAAGUGUCCGCCCAGCAUUCAUGGAUGAGUUUGAACGUUUAGAAGAAGAAUUAAAACUUCAAUACGCCAGUUACCUGAUUAAGUUUAGAAACAUGACGUACCUUGAACACCAAAUGGAGGAUCAUAACAGACAAGAACAAGCAAGAAUGAAUGAGAAUGAAUUGUCAUUAAGGAGAAUUCAAACUCGCUUGAGAGAAGAAGAGAAGAAGGUAAUUCUCAACGAUUCGUUUCUCGAUAAUGACGCACUUGAUGGAUUGGGGUUAGGGGGCAGUGGUGAGGAUUCGGACGACUUAAACAAUGAAAAUCUUGAAAAAAGACCUCAGAACCCUGAACGUCCCCAUGCUGGUGUUCGUAGAAGUAUGUACAUCGAUGGUAGCGACGAUGACUCGUUAUCCAGUGAUGAUAUUGAUGUGGCCGAUGAUGAUGAUGAUGAUGAUGUCAUAAGCGAUGACGAACUCAUGUUGCGCGGGGAAGUCCCAGAAGGUGGGGUCCCAUCACAGGACGAAGAUGACGAUGACGAUUUUUAAAAUUGACAAAUGAUUUUGUAUAAUAAAGUGAUGGUUAAGAACAAAAUAUUUUUUAUAAAUUUAAAAUGUUUCAUUUAAAAAUUUGCCAAAGCCUAGAGCUUAUAAGAAAACUAUUUUCCGAUGCUGAAAUAAAGGUCAUAAAAUAUAAAGAAAGCUAUUUAAUGUAUUUAAAAACAACUUCUUGUUAAGAACAUUUUUUUAGUAAAAUUAAUAAAAAUGUAAGUUAAAUUUUGGUUUACACAAACACAAAAUUUAAAAAUUCUCUGAAAUAAAAUAUUGAUGUUGACCAAAUUUAUUUAAUAAAAAUAAUUUCUCAUCUAAACCAGUAGUUCUUAAGCCCUUUCUUUGAUGCAACCCCUUUAAACCCCCAACAAGUAUUUUACCCUCUUCUAGAAUUGUUUAUAUAGUGUAGACCCAACAAACCUUAAUAAUUUAGCAUCCCAGCAAACCUGGUUAAGAAAGCCUGUUCCAAAGUUUAAUAAAUAUAGUUUGUUUGUUUCUUCACUAUAAUAUAUGUUUUGCUGCAUUAGAAUAUAAGUAUAUCAUGUUAUAGUUGUAUUUUCUGGUAUUUCAUAGGUAGUAACUUUAGUUUACACAAUGAUAUGUAUGCUUUAAUCUGUUAUGCCACAACACUGUAAACUUUGUCGCUUUUGUUACCACUUGGAGAAUCAUGAGCAAAAUUAAACGUACCAAGGUAUUGUUAAA